ACCCGGGAUUCCCCGCCCCCCCUUAUUUCUGCCUUCCUGUUUCACUUGAGCUGUGGUCUGGACUCUCUGUAGCAUCUGCCCUGGGGCAGCCGUAGAGGGAAGGGCCGAGAGGAGGCCAGCCCGGGCUGUCCCCGCUGCUGCCGGCUCUGCCCAGCGCCUCACUCGGGUGUGUGUAGCUGGCCGCCCUCUGCUGUGUCUCCUCUCAUCAUCUUACCACCUCCUCCUCCUCCUCCUCUUCUUGGCCCUUUCCUUUGCCCCUCAGGUCCUCUUCUCAGGUGGCCUCUGCUUGGGGAAAGUCCCGCUGCCCCUAUGCCCAGAACUACGAGGAGGGAGGGCAGCCCGCCGUGGCGUGUGGGUGCUCUGGGGGUGCCCUCGCCCCCUUCCUUCUCCUCUGCACAUUUGCACCUUCUCUCAGGACACCUGUGCAGGGACCCAGGCACACACCUGCUGCUGAAGCCAACCGGGGCAGCGUGCCCUCUGCUUGGAGUGGGGGGUGGUGUGCGGGGCUGUCUGAGAGCUGGUCCCCUGCACAAUUCCUGCAGGCCGCGCCUUCCUGUCCUCCACAACCCCGGAGGCUCGGGCUGCUGUGCAAACUAACGGCUGCCCCGGGGCAGGGAGGACGAGCCUCUUGAGCCUCUCGGCAGUCUAGUCGGCAGCACAAGGUAAGGCGGGACUGAGGCACAGCGGAGCUGAGCUCCUUGCCAGGGCCACCCGCGCACAGGCUCUUCGGCAUCAUGCACAGGGCCCAGCUUCGUACCGUGGGGGAGCAGACUCAGAGGCCCUGCCAGGACCCACCUCAGCGAGGUCCAGACUGCCAAGGGCUCACGGAGCAUGUGCAUAGAGUUAGGCAGAGUGGCUCAGCAGAAGUCAGUUAAAUAGGACACAACGACAGAGGUCAGAAAGGCCCAGAGUCGGUUAUUUCAAAACAUUAGAUCGAGCAACCCUUGGUCACUGACAUGGUGAGCACGCUGCCGUUAACAUCCACCAAAUGCGCUGCAGCGUCCACAGUGGCAGGAUUUGCUGAAUAACAGUAAGUGCUCAAGCGACACCACUUCCUUUUUUCUUUAAUUUUGUUAAUUUGUUCUUUUUAGAUAUACAUGACAGUAUUUUGACGUAUUGUACGUGCAGUUUCACUGGUCGUGUAUUCUUACAUGAACUCAGGAGAGUGAUGUCCAUCCUCUCUACUGCCCUUCCAUUCCCGUCCCCCACCUGGCCUUCCCCUUUGUCUGAUUCAAUGAGCUUCUGUUCUUCCUCACCCUUCCCUCACUGUGGGUUAGUGUCUGCACAUCAGAGAGAACAUUCGGCCUUUGGUUGGGGGCAUGGGCUCAUUUCAUUUAGCAUGAUGGUCUCAGAUCCUGACAUCACCAGCUAAUGUCAGGCCUCGCCAUUUUCAUCGAUGGCAGUUCACUGAACACUUGUGGGUCACCUGGCAUCAUAAGCCAGGCAACCGCAGGCUCUUUUGGUAUUGGGGAUUGAACCCCGGGGCGCUUAAACACUGAGCCACACCCCUGGCCUUUUUAUUUUUUGAGAUAGGGUCUCACUAAGUUGCUUAGGGCCUCAUAAAUUGUGGAGGUUGCCUUUGAGCUUACAAUCCUACUGUCUCAGCCUCCCACGACUCUAGGAUUAUACACGUGUGCCACCAAACCCAGGAAUCAUAGGCUCUUUUAUUCCAAUCUUAAUUUCUAAUAUCUGAAACAUUCAAGUCACACUGUUUUAUAUAUGUAUAUAUGUCAUGUUACAGAAAGGCUAAGGAAGGGGUAAGGCAGCCACAGGGGUCCAGGAGGCUGCAGAGAGUAGAUCCAAAUGCAGAGAGUCACUGUAGGUGUCAGAAAAGACUAGGAACCAGCUGGGGCACAGAGCUGUCAAAGGACAGGGGCUGAUUCUAGGCUGAGGUCCCCAAGAUGGCAGUUUCAAAGUGUCAACAUGGACUGUUAACUCUAAGUGUCAGCUUGGAGUGGGCCACACGUGUUCAUCACAGGUAGGAGAAAUAAUCCGCACUGUGCGGAAGCCUGAGGACAGAGAUUCGGACAUUGUUCAAUGUGGUGAUCUUCCUGGCCAAGGCUGAAGACCAUUGAUCAGGUGAGGGGCCGAAGGCCACGGUGUCCAGUCUUGGGGUGCUCCUACUUUUCUGGGCUUCUAGUGAGGAGGUUGCUUCAUUUGGGGCUCAGGUGUGUUUGCUGGUGUGUUCUAUAAGCUCGUGGGCCUGGUUUUCCCAAAGGAGUUUGAUAAGUCCCUGCGUCUAUAUGCUUCUGAUUAAUUCAACAAGUGCACAGGUGGUCGUUUUUAUUGGCAUGAUUAAUUUGAUUUCAACUUGUGCCUUGUGGUUGUGCCUGGCAUACAGUGGUUGUUUACUUGUACAAACAGGAAUAAAGUCACUCAAUAUCUGCCCUUAAACUCAGAAUAGAGUAGUUCUUGUCAAACUGCUGCUUUGCAAAAUGGAGAAUCAAAGGUUAGGAGCAGCCUGAGGACUGCUGUUCUGCACACCAUGGAGUCACUAGGGUAGGCACAGCCUGAGGACUGCUGUCCUACACACCAUGGAGUCACUCAGGGCAGGCGCAGCCUGAGGACUGCUGUCCUACACACCAUGGAGUCACUAGGGCAGGCACAGCCUGAGAGCUGCUAUUUCACACAUCAUGGAGUCACCCAGGGCAGGCUCAGCCUGAGAGCUGCUGCUCUAUGCACCAUGGAGUGACUUGGAAGGACACAACCUGCUUGCCACACUGAUCAAGAUAAAAAUCCAAAACUGGGUGCGGUGGUGCACAACUAUUAUCCCAGAGGUUCAGGAGGCUGAGACAGGAGGAUCAUGGGUUCAAAGCCAGCCUCAGCAAAUGCGAGGCCCUAAGCAACUCAGUGAGACCCUGUCUCUAAAUAAAAUACAAAACAGGGCUGGGGACAUGGCUCAGUGGUUGAGUGCCCAUGAGUUCAAUCUCCAGAACCAAAAAAAAAAAAAGACAGAGAGAGAGAGAGAGAGAUAAAAACUCAAAAUUACAAAUUAUAAAGAUAAGAAUUAAAAGAAGGGACGUAACUCUGGAAUUUUUAAGGAGCAUUUGGACAGCCUCAUAGACGGGGGUCAAAGGCCUUCAGCCCAUCUAGUGUGCUGCAACAGUGUUAUCAGAGCAGGGGCUGACCAGUGUCUUUUUUCUGUGUUAUUUUAGCAAAGCGUUCCUUCUGUGGUCAACAUGUAAGUGGCCAAACAUUGAAGGCAGCUGAUGCACAUGUGACUGAGGCUCUGGUCAGGCUGGAGGAAGGAGAAUUUUGCCUUUAUUUCCUUCCGCAAAGUAGUAGCUACUCACAGCUCCCUAGUUACAUUGUCACAGGAGUGUCCUUUGCAGACAAAGUCCAGUUCACAUGAGCACAGCAUUUAGCUGUGGAGUGCGCCCUGCACCCUGGGUGUCCACUGCCUGCCCUCCCCUGCAUAGGCUGGGACCACGCCCAGCCAGCACUGCACUCUGGGGACCCUCUCUGCUCCAGAGUCUGGUGUUGGAGGUCCACUUGCCCACCAACUCCUGUAAUGUCAUCCAGGGGACCUGCAUUAAUUUCUGAGUUCUCACCUUCACCAUUGGUUUGAAGGUGACUCUUUGGCUGGGCUGGUGCACCAGGAGGGCAGUUCUGUGUGACAUGGGAGUGGCAGCAGCCAGUCUGUGCCAACCCACAGUCACAGCCUCCCUCUCUGAGGCUCCCUGCUCUGCCCUGCACUGCGCACCCAAAGGACUGUCCCGAGAUGUGCACUGAGGACAGCGUCUCCCCAAGUCCACUCUUGAUGCCCUUCCUGCACAUCCCGGCCACUCUGUCCCUGCGCAGCAGAGGGGCCAGCAGUGCUCCAGCUUCAUGGCUGUUCAGGGAUUGCAGAAAAAAGAGCAGCUUUAUUAAAUUAUCUCACAAGGGAGGGGUGGGCUGGGGCAACUUGGUUAUGAACGUGAAAUCCUCAUUCCAGGGACUUGCUUACAAGACACAUGGGGGAAACUGACUGGCAAGAUGAGAAGGAAGAGAUGCCGAGGGAUUGGGCAGCUUGAGAAGGAGCCGGGGACCCAGGUGUCCUGCUCAUGAUGAGGCAGGCUGGCUGCUGGGGACCCAGGCCCAGCCCUUGCCCAGCGAGCAGCCUCUCAGCACCUCCCCACUGGGCUCCUUUCCAGGUGUGGAGGCCUGUGCCAGGCACAUGGUGGGACGGCCUUCUCUGUCAUUGGUCACCAUCGUGUCUCAUCCUUUGGCACAGGACAGGAUACGAGUCUGGCUCGACUAGAACGCUGGGCGUCAGGGGCACAAUUGAGCCUAAGAGUUGGGAAACAAGGGCCCCAGUCUGAGUCCUCUCAUCAGGGUGUCAGAGAGCACACAUGUGCCUGAGGCAGGGACAAUGGCUUCACUCACCCGGCCAGCACAACACAGCACAGCAGGACUCCUGUGCCAUUCCCGGGUCUGCGGAAUGGCAGACCUGUCACCAUGGUCCCCUGUCACCACGGUUCCCUGUGGAGUGGAGCAGCCAGCUGAGGGGAGCUCCUGGAUGCUUCACGCUUACCAUGAACUGCCACGCCCACCCCCAGGGGGCUCCAGGGGCAGCCAGGCCACCAGGGAAGCCAUACGCCAUUCCUGGGCUUCCGCCCUCACCAGGGCACUGGAAAAAUGGGCUCAGCACCUUUCACGGGGAGGGAGCUCAUGUGGCUCCUGAGAAAGGAUGGGCGGAUGGCCAGGGGGAGAUUUGUCACCAUCAGAGCCAGGGGUUGCCACAUGUCCUUCUUAGGUCACUCUUCUGUUGUUCUAGAGCCAUCCAGAGUUGGGGUUAGGCAGACUAUGUGGAGCUGAGUGGGAGGGCAGGUUUGGGAUUUGUGGGGAACUGACUGAGAGUGGUCGGUGGGUGCUUGUGAACACAGAGGCUGUCUGGAGGGCUGGUGCUGCCUGGUUCCUCAGUUCUCUGUCACCAUGGUCCCCUGUCACCACAGUUCCCUGGCCAGCCAUCAAGAUAGCAGACCAAAUCCAUAAAAUCACAUUAUCGUCCACCAUGCUUUGGACCCUGUCACUGGAGGGCACCACACGCCCCUGGGUGGCUUGCCACUUGCUGGUGCCCCCAGGCACUUGGACUUUGUCCUGUGGCCUGGGUGUGUUGAUGUGUCCACAGUUGCUCUUUACUUCUAAGACCAGCAUUUCAGGUUCUUGGCUGUCCUGCGCUGCAGCCAUUUCUCUGGCCAUAACAGAAGCCAUGAGCUCCCCACAGGGUCAGUCCUUCCCCGAGGCUGAAUGCUGUCCCACACUGAGGGACUCAGCACUCAGCUUCUGACCCUGCCAAAUCGCUCAGCAAAUCCAGAGGUAGCCUGUGCCGGUCGCUGGGUGUUAGUGGCAAGUUAUCCAUCCCGGGUGGCAGACAGUCCCAGGAAGUGGUGGACUGGGGCAGCCAGGAGACACCAACAUGUCCCUCCUGAAGCUUAAAUAGGACUCCUUCAUAUUUGACCUUGAUAUGAUCACAGGGUGGACUGCGCACCUGCUCUGGGUGCUGCCUUGGUGUGUCUACCUCUUGCCAUGUCAGAGGACCUGGAGGUGGUCUCACAUGGGCCACCAGCUGUGUCCUCUGUUAGUCCAUUUUCUGUUCCUACACGCAGAAUCCUGCAAAGAAGCCAAGUUAUAAACUAACAGUUUUUUUUGGCUGGAAAGUCCAAGGUCAAGGGCCAGCAUCUGGGGAGGGUCAUGGUGCAUCAUGCUGUGGUGGACAGCAGAAGAAUCCACGAGAGACAGAGCAAGCAGGGCCAAUGGACUGGGGCUACCCGUUCCCUUGAGGACUCCUGUCAUCCACCUGAGGACCCUCAGAGCCCCAUACUUGUACAGUGGCAGAGGUCAACACGAGUCCCAGGGGACACUCAACCACAGCGCCUACCUGCCAAAUACACAGGUGCAAGGGUCAUCUUUCUGUGCUCUCCGGAAGCGGCCUCUCAGGUCAUCCUGAAUCAGCAAGGGACCCUCAGUGCACAGCAAAUCCAGAGUGGGAGAUGGUUGGCUUUAUUCAGAAUUCUCCAUGCUUCAUGGUCAAAUGAUAAUUUCUCACAGUGACAAAACCCCUAAAGGAAUGAAUCCAGGGCAAGAUACCAUCCUGCUGCCCUCAAGACACACCUGAGUUCUCCAGCCCGACGUCCAAUCCAGCCAGCCUGGGGCCGGGGGGGCUGGGUGCAGGCAGUUCCGUCUCCCUGACACCCACGUUCCGAAUGCUCCUGCAGAGGUCUUGGGAAAGCUGCUGUUUGUACAUCCAAUGACCAACUGCAAAACCGAUUCACCUGGUUUCUCUGUUCUCAAAAAUUUAAUAUCAUUAAAAGUUUAUAAUCAAGUACAAAUUUUAUUUUAUAAUUUGUGACAAAUGGAAAUACUAGAUCCCUAGGGACAAUGAAGGAAACCCUCAUGGCUACACAACAGUGAAGUGAAAGAUCAGGUGGGCUCUGCUCUUGACACUGGCCUGUGUCACUGCCCAGGCACCGCAAUGUCUGAGAAUGCCUCUUGAACGCUGAGUGGACCCAUGUGUUCUGUACUGACCAAUUCGCCUCAUUUAAUUCACGGAUCGGGAAGGAUGGCUACAGUGCCCGUGAACGGGGGCUCAGAUUCUACUUUCUUGGCACCUGGAGAAAUCCACAGGCAGGCAAGAUGCAGAGUGAAGGCCUCCGAUGACUCCAGAGGGAAACAAGUGACCGGUGGCCACCGUGGUUUCCCCUGCAGUCCAAACUGUCCCUCUCAGCUGUUAGAACUUUAACUGGUUGGGAUUCUCCGCGGCCACUGGACUGCAGUCUCCGGUUUACCCUUGGAAAGCUCGCCUUGGUCGCCACUGCAUGUCGUUUAUAUCCAUCUUUACCUAAAGAAUUAAGUAGCCAAAUGAGACUGUGAUCUAACAAAGACCUCACAAAGAUCUAACAGAACGCGCAGCAGCAAGAAAGUGAUCUCCAAGUCUCCUCCGCGGGAGCACCCACAGCAUCAAACCAGCCAACAAGCUGAGGUCCUCGUGCUAGUAGGUUCUUGACCUAUGUGCCAGGGGCCCUGGAAAGGAUGGGGGAUUUUCACAUUUUGGGGGGUGCCAUAUCCUGUGGGUAAUUAACACUAGGAUCACAUCCCAUGGCUUUUGGCAGGUGUAACCUUCAGCUUUGUUUGUGACUUGAAGCGUCUACUCUCUGCAGAGCGUGAUAGCACAGUGCAGUUGGCAGAGCUACACACUAACACACACGGGGCUUAGACCCAUCAUUAAUUGAAGACAAUGAUGGAGUUGGAAAUGUAGCUCAGUGGUAGGGCCCUUGCCUGGUGGGCAGGAGGGCCUGGGGUCCACCUCCAGUACUGCCAGAAUAAAUAAUAGAUGAACACAAGUGACCCGAAGCCCUGCUCUUCACUGUCUGCAAAAGCAUUUAAACAGCAAAGCAGAAUGCAUUUUUUAGGAUUCUUUGGUUUUGGGUGAAGUGGAUCAGGAUGUGCCACUGGAAACACGCCACCUGGGUGUGAGAGCUAUUUUGAGCUGAUGAAGGUAUUUGCCUGCCACCCCUCAUCUGCCUGAAAGCAGAGAGCCCUAGAAUUCACGAAUUAAAUUCCUCCCUCCGGGGCACCUGAGCCUGCUCUCUUCAGAGAAAAGCUGUGCCGCCCCAGACUUUGGGACAAGAGGGCCCAGCUCCCAACCCUUCUCCUAAAGGCCCAUCGAUUUCCCCCAAGAGUCGGCUCUGCAGAGCCCCAUCCCUGCCCCUCCCUGGGCCUCAUGGAUGCCUGCUCCCGGUGGCUGGUUCCUGAGCACCAGUCUGCUUUUCUCUUGUUCUUCUGUCUGCUGCUGGUUUAAUUCAGGGGUGCCCCCACCCACUCACCCCCUCAUUACUAACCCAAGAGGAUAGAGGAAGAGUUUUUCUCCCCCUGUUAACAGCGGAAGCCCAGCCUGCUUCCACCCAUAAGGGAAGCUGGAGUCGGCCGCGGGACGGAGGUGGAAUGGGAGCCAGGGUGGGAGCCGCCGCCGGGAACCAGGCACAGGGCCGGCCUCUGCCCUGCCCUCACUCCCUCAGGUUGCAGAUUUUGGGGAGGGGGCCGCUGUGGUUUGACAGCCCUCUCAGAACAGUACAGGGAAAUGAGGGCUCCUGGCUAGAGGACAGGUGCGUGUUGCCUGCCAGGACCCUCACUAGCAUGGAGACCUACCGCAUGCUGGGCACCGGGUGCAGCAGCUGUCCUCACCCAGUCGCCGGGUCUAGUCGCGAGGCAGGCCCUGGCCUGAGAGCUUGGGGUGCACCGUGGAACACAGCAGCCCCACAGGCCUCAUAUUUCAGACAUGGAGAGGAUGUGGGAGGCUCUGUGGUGCACAGGUGAUUUGUGCAAUUGAGGGAAAAAAGCAGAUGAAGGUAGAUCAAGGGCAUGCAGGUAGCAGGCUGCCAUAUUGAAUCAGGAGGUGGAUCUGAGCAAAGCCUUUAGCAAGGUUGGGUCGGGCCACGUACUAGGGACGCUCUGCCUUGGCCAGCAGACCGACCUGCCAACAGCAGGACUGAGCUGCAACAAAGUCCAAGGAGCUACUCAGGAGAGAGUCGGCGGAGCAUAUGGGACCUGGGAAGCAGGACAGGGUCCCUUGUCCAGGUCUGUGUGUCCAAGUGGCAUCUACACAGAGGGGUUUUUGUGCUCUCAGCCAGCAUGCCCUCUGCAGCAGCUGCCAGAGGCCAGGGCAAGGCCCCUAAACCUGGGCCAUCCCCUCUCUCUGCCAAGGGAGACAUGGUAACCAACUGUGCAACUGGUUUGUCUACUCUAUUGCUACAUUGUCUCAGUAGUGGCUUGAGGAAAUUUGAAACAUCUUUAAACAGGCAAUUAAGUAUAGAAAGAGACACUCUGUAGCUUGAUGCUGGUCACCUCUGUCUUUAUCCUCCUCCAGAGAGACCGAGGUGUUCACCAAGCUGCUGGGCACAGCCACUGGUAGGGCAAGGCCACCUUUCACACAUGCCUCUGGAUCCCAACCAGAGGAGGAUUAUUCUUUUUUUUUUUUUAAAUUUUUUAUUGUUGGUUGUUCAAAACAUUACAAAUUUCUUGACAUAUCAUAUUCCACACUUUGAUUCAAGUGGGUUAUGAACUCCCACCUUCACCCCAUACACAGAUUGCAGAAUCACGUCAGUUACACAUCCAUUGAUUUACAUAUUGCCAUAUUAGUGUCUGUUGUGCUCCGCUGCCUUUCCCAUCCUCCCCCCUCCCCCCUCGCCACCUCUCCCCUCCCCUCCCCUCCUCUCUCUCUACCCCCUCCACAGUAUAACCCUGAGGGUCUCCUUCCAUUUCCAUGCAAUUUCCCUUCUCUCUCCCUUUCCCUCCCACCUCUCAUCCCUGUUAAAUGUUAAUCUUCUUCUCCUGCUCUUCGUCCCUACUCUGAUCUUAGUUACUCUCCUUCUUGCUAAGUGUGAGUACCCUGCCCUUGGUUACUGGGUAACAGUAUUCAGAGUAUUUUCGUGACCUUUGUCUCAUUGUUCUACUAAGGAAAACACCAUGGUGAGAAAGCCAGUCUGGCUCCCCAGGGCGGAGGCGUUGGGCAAGGGAACAAUGCAAAAGAAAAGAAGAGUUGCUCAGAGAAGGAGUCCUGGGGUCUGCACUGGGGAGGGAGCCAUGAGCUCAAGGCACUUGUCUCCUCCAGAUCAGGGGACCCUCCGCUCCGGGGAUAGUUGAUUUAAUAAUUUCUCUAAACAAACCUUUAGCUUGCACUCCCUUUUUGGUGGGCAUUGUAAAUACCUAUGGCACAGGGAUGCCUGCCCCACGACUACCUGAUGUCUGUGCACCUUAGGGACAUUGGAUUCUUCUUGGAACAGUGUCUGGAGAGUCUUCCAAGAGCACAAACAUACUGGACUAUUUCUGUUGACUUCCUCUGGGAAGGUUUCAUGGGUGCGCCCUCUGACACGGUACCUGGGAACCCUUUCCCCUGCACCCCAGGACAGUGGGCUCAGGGAUUUUUAAAGUAUUGAUUUCAUGGGCUGCAGCAGUAAGAAUACAGCUUGUUGGAUUUCUUUGAGGAUUAGAGAAAUUGACCUUUUUCUUUAUUUUCACGAGGUGAUUGUCUUUGUCUGUUCCAUGAUAAAUUGCUCACCAUGGCUGCUCUGAAACAUUUUCUGUUCAGUAAAUGAAAACUGACAAUGACAAUAAUGACAAACAUGUAAAAAGUAUUUAGUGCCUAGAGUAGAGUAGAUGGAGGGAACAGGGGAGGGAGAAGGAGGGAAUCAGGAAGCCCUGGAGAAUGAAAUGGAAAAGAUUAAAUUUCAUGCAGGUAUGAUUACAUCAAAACAAACUCAACUAUUGUGUGUGUGUGUGUGUGUGUGUAUAUAUAUAUAUAUAUAUAUAUAUAUAUAUAUAUAUAUAUAUAUAUAAAAUACACUAAUGCAAGCAUAAAAAUACAAAUUUUGUUCAAUAGUAUCACAUAAAGUCUAUUUCCUAGAAGGAGGUAUUAUUAAAAAAAAUAGUAGUGUCUGCUCAGCUUCACUUUCAAACACUGCACAUAUAUUAACUGAUUUAAUUUUCUUGACACUUUUGAAGUAAGCAUCAUUUUGCAGACAAAAAGAUUUUGAGGCCCGGAAGGGGUCAACUUGCCCACCAUCACACAGUAAGAAACAGGGGAGCCAACACUCAAACUCAGGGCAGCUUUGCUUCUAACCACUGCCCCACGUAUAGUCUCCCAGGGGCUUGAGGGACAGGGGGCAAGAGUACUUCCUGUUUUAUGAUGAGUAAAGAAACUCCCUCAGCGGCGUUUCACUUUCCUCCCCCUUAGAUCAGCACUCUGUCCUGGCUGCAGCCCUUGAAGCUGAGAGGGUGGGGCUUGUGUGGCCACAACAGGGGUGUCCAUCUCUCAUCAGGGGGCCCUGUGACUUCCAGGCUGGGGUAAACUAUGAGCAACAGGAAGUAGCUUCAGUUGUGCCCCUAUGUAGCUGCCCGGCGACUGGGCAGCUGACCACAGAGGCAACCGCAUCAGGUGGCACAUCCUCACUGCCCAGGCAGCUGUCCACCCUGCAUAGGGCAGCAUUCUGUAAUGGGUCUGGAGCGGCCUGGAGGCCCACAGGGCAAAGGCUUGUUCCCCAGGGGGUGCUAUGGAGAGCUGGUGGACAUUUCAGAGGGGUGGGCCUAGUGGGAGGUCCUCAGGUCCUCAGCCGGGUGCUCUUGAAGGGGAAUAUGGGACCCUGGACCCUUCCUCUCUGCUCCUUUCCCCCUUUGGCUUCCUGGACAGGAGGAAGCAGGGUUUUGUUCUGCCAUGUGCCCCUGGCCAUCGCCAUCUGGCUCCCCACCAAAGGCCUAAAGCAAUGGGUCCCCCCCAUGGGGACUGCAACCUCUAAACCAUGAUCCCAAAUGAAACUUUAUCUUCAUACACUGAGUGUCUCCGGCAUUUGUUAGAGUGUGGCAAAGCUGACCGAUAAACGUACUUCCAGGACCAACCGUCCAGGUCUGUCAGGAAUGCUGAAAAGUCCAGCCAUGGAGAGCCAUGGCCACACCCUCUCAAGUUUUAGCAGGAAAUUCAAGGAAGAAAAAGGAAAUUUGUUACAUUCUUAAAUACUCUUUGAGAUAACUGUUGAGUUUAAAAUAACCAGCAAAAGUAUGUUUUAUGUAAAGUACUUUAUAUAAACACAUAUAUUUAUAUACACAACUCAGUCCUUGUCUUGAAUAUUUAGAAGAAACAUGACCCUAGUAGUUACUUUUUUGAAGCUUAUAACUGCUUCAUGGGGAACAGCUGUGUUAGUUAACUAAAGUAGCUGCAGAGUCCCUCCGAAUGAAUGUCAUAGCAAUGGCUAAUUGAAGGUCACAUGCUCACUAGGACACUGGGGUCCUAGGAGACUGGGGUGCAAAGCAAGGGUCUGGGUAAAUUCAGACUCUGGUAAAAGCGGCAGACAAGGCUCAGACCUGGGUCUAGGUCCCGCCAAGCCGGCUCUUUGCCUCGGAGGUGCCCCAUGUGGAUAGGUGUUGGGAGGCGACUCUCCGUACAACUGAGUAUCCGACCGUGCGCUGCUGUUCUCUAAGAUGCGCUGAAGGCGCUCCUGGGUGCCUCCUAAUUUUCAGGCAACAGAGAGACAAUGGAGAGCAGGAGAGAUUCCAAAACCUCGAGGAACUUUCUUGGAGGAAGAAAUCUCAACAGCAGAGCAUAAUGGAGCAAGGAGGAGUGCGCAGACCCUGAACCACGAACCAGGGAGCUACCUACCAGGUGCUGCUGCAGCUAGCAGUGAAUGACCCUGGUGCCCUGAAGCAAGGGAGUGCCCAGCGCAGGGGCGAAGAGCGCAGGGUGGCAGGGCUGGCUCUGCUGUGACCACCGCCGAAGCGCAGAACCCGUGGUGAGUCCCCGCCCAGCGCGCGGGUACUGCCAGGUCCCGCACAGUGUCCCCGGCUCGGAGCCACAGAGAGCCAGGGACUGAGCGUGGGCGCCGCCUCGAGGUGGCGAGACAGGAGGUGGACACGGAGGCUGCUUCAGAGUGUGGUGCCAGUGGCCACCGAGCCCUCCCCAGGCCACCUGGACGCCCACCUGCGGUAGCCUAGGAAGGGUCCUGGCACCAGGGGCUCUUCCGGGAAUGUAAGGGGAAGCUGCCCUCGAGGCAGCCCUGUACAACAGCCCUGGGGAGACCAACGGACACCAUUUGGUACUUUGGGGGUUUUGUUUGUUUUGCAAAAAUGAAUACGGGCAGAGAGCAGAUUGCUAUAGCCCUCCAAUUAUCUUGAAAAUGAUUCAAGAAACAAAGAAAUUUAACACAUUUUGAACUGCUCUCGGAGAUCAUGUGAGAGUCUUUUGUGUUUAUUGUUUUGUUUUGUUUUGUUUUUGUCAUUAAAGUGACAAAGAGCAGUGCCAUUCAGACAUUUCUUUUCCGGGUUGUAACACCUGUUGUGUCCUCAGCUCUGUCCACCCCUCUCAGAUGGCAAAGGCGCCCAGGGAGGCGGAUCUCUGGGGGUGGCGGGGGUGUGCCUGGCUCCCUGGUGACUCUGUGGGAGGCCUGUUAAAGCUUCCCCUGCCACUCCUACCCGGGACCUUCAGUACAAGCUUUUAAACUAGACACACUCGGCAGUUUAAAAUCAGAGCCUACUGCACUUCCUCACUGUGGUUCACAGAGGAGACUGGGAAAUGCCCAUCCAAAGAAAGCUGCAUGUUUGAGGAACGGGGGAGGGACAGAAAGUUCCAGAGAAGUUUCGGUUCCCCGUAAGUAGACCUGAGGAAGCUCCUGAGACGCUCAGCAUUACUGGAACUUCCUGGGGCAGCCUGUGGGCAGCUGAAGGUGGCUCUCUCAGAACAUGGCCGCUGGCCUUCACCCCCACAGGAAGACCACCCUUCCUUCCUUCAGCAGCUGCCGGCUGAGCAGCUCUCACGAACAGGGUGCCCUGGAUCUUGAAAGAUCAUCCCACAAGACCAACGGGCCGCAGCUCAGCGCCCCCUGUUCCCCGCGCGGUGAGGAGGGACAGGAGGCGAGGCGCCGGAUGUCCUCCGAGCAGCCGGUGCCCGGAGCUGUGCCAGUGACCCCGUGCAAAGUCGCGCCCCAGGCCGGGCGCCUGAGGUCCCCUCCGCGGGCCAGCGUCUACCUGAUUAUAGGGUUGCAGAAUGAACUGACCAGAUGCGGAAUCUUGAAGAACAUGAGUGACCAUGAAGAGUUUUGGAAGCUGGUUCAAGAGGAAGGUCGCGGAACAGAAAUCAAAGAAAAGCUCCAAAAGAUAAAAUUUAAAAUGUUGAAUCCCAGGCCUCAGGAUGCUCCUAGGAGAAGGGAAGCCAGGCCACUGGUGGACGCUGAUCGCCAGGACAGGCUUUGCCGGUGGAGACAGACCAGGGCCUCUACUCUGGGACAGGAACCCUGUCUGCCUCGAACCCAAGAAGAAUCUCAGCAACGACCUCUGAAGAGCAAGAUCGCUUGCAAAGCAGGUGAGAAGGAUUCCCGAAGUAAGAUCUAUCUUCGUCGCUUGUAUCAGAUGUAUUCAACCUCUCUUGCAAACAUGGAAUUCUCCAGAAGACUGAUGGAGAGAGACGGCCGCUUUGCAGAUGAGCACGCUGAGCGCAGAGCUGGAGGUCUGCUGGAUUUCAUGGUCCCGAAUGAAGACACCGGGCAGGAAGAAGUCCAGCCCAGGGAAAUGGGGACAGAGGACCCACCACCCAUCGGGCGUCAGCCUGGAGCAAGGCCUGCCCUUCGCUUCCUGAAGUGCCAGAGCCUAGCGAGUGCACAGAGAACGCCCCACCGGAAAACAGGAGGUCGCCAGGUGGCCCUGUGUGGCAUGCGUAACCUGGCAGAGCACGUGAAGGGUGAACCUGCUCCUCCUGGGAUGACCACAGCACCCCUGGCCCUGGAGCACAUGAUUCUGACUCACCGCGUUGUGGAGGCCAAGACAGGAAGUCGGUACUGGAUUAACUAUGUGGUUGAAGAAUGAAGCUGCCCUAUCAGAACUAGAUGCAAAGAAGGAAGGAGAAAGAAAUGUUGAAAUUCCCCAAGAAGUAAGGAAAAGACAGCUUUCUCUUUCUUUAAUCCGCAGUCCAAGUAGGUAAGCAUGUACUCAACACGCAGCUUCAAGCCUGUUCCUCACCGUGUGGCGUUUCCACGGGGAAGCCCGGGUGACCGAGAAUCCCUAGAAGCAGGCCCCGGUGGAUCAGACUCACAGUGAAGCCAGGUCACAGAGACGGUCAGCACAGGUACACAGUCAGCCUGUGUUUUCUGUGCCUGACCAGAGCGUUAUGGCUGAACAAACCUCAACAUGAGUUUUUAAACUGUGAGAGAAAAUAUUUGAAAAGGAGUGAAAUAGAGAUUGUGAAGUGGAAAAAUAUAACAAAUGAAAAGAAGAUUCAGUGAGUGAGUUGAACAGUAGCUUGGGUGUACCUGAAGAUGAACCCCUGAACUAGCCAGGUCAGAAGAACGACCUCAUGCAGCACUGGAGAGAGAGAUGGAACCUGAGAGGGCCCGGGGCACAGAGGACGGAGGAAGAAGUCCAGCACGUCUAAUCAGCUCCACUAGCAAUAAUGGAGAGGAGGGGGAAGAAGCAGGAUUUGAAGAGAGAAGAAUUUCCUCUGAUUUAGGAAACCCAAGAAACAUGAACAAAGUGAGUCAAAAGAAUACCACCCAAUAAGAAGUGAAGAUGGUCAAAGGAUCCCCAGAAAAACAAGGGGAUAAUACCCAGAAAUGCAGACAGCACCUCAAUAGGAGUAACAGGCAAAUUCUCUCAGAGUUAUUUUAGCAGGAAGGAAGAGAGGGCUGGGGAUGUGGCUCGGUGGUAGCGCUCGUGCCUAGCUUGUGUGACGUCCUGGGUUCCUUCCCCAGCCCUGCAGAAGAAGAGGAAGAAGAAAAGAAAUUAUAAAUAAGUAAUAGAAAUCCUAAAAAGUCCUACAAAUGUUAAAUAAAACCAACAAAUUAAAAAGCUUUCCACCAAUAAAAUAAGGAAACUCUAGGCCAUGUGGUUUCAUGGCAGAAUUCUACAAACCCGCAAGGAAGAAACCAUGCCAUUUUUCAUGCAUGACUGUCUCAGAACACGGGAGCCAGCAUGUGAAGGCAGGUGACCGCAAUUCCAGAGCCAGAGCAGGCGUGUGUCACCAGGAGGAAACACAGCCACCUCAGGCAGGGACACACUUGCUUUACUCUGGAAGAAAAUGUGAACAGAUGGGGCCUAGUGGUGCCGCUCGAUUUAGUAAGUUCUGCUUAUAAUAAAAGUAACAGGAAAUCAUGACUCGGAGGGAAAUCCUUCAAUCUGAAGGUGCACACACUCACACACACACUCACACACACACUCACAACACAUAAAAAUAUACUUCACAUCUUUCCCAUUUUUAUUCCAUAUAGUAUGGGAAGUCUGACUCAUAGGAAAGAAAAAGAUAUAAAAGCUGUAAAGUUUAUAAAACAAGAUAUAAACUUGUCUUUUAAGUAGAAAAAUUCCAACAAAUCUACAGAUUGAUUAUUUGUUUGAUUGUUUGGUUGAUUGUUUGAUUUGGAAGAUUGCUGGAAAAAGGUGAAGAUACAAAAAUUGACUAUAUUUCUAUAUACCAGCAAAAAUUCAACAGAGAAAUGUCAUUUACAAUGGUUUAAAAAAUAGCAAACAUCUAGGGAUGAUUUUAAUGAAAUCGUGCACUAUGAAAACCAUGUGCUAUUUUUGCAGAAUAUUUUUUAAUCUAAAUAAAUAAAUGGAUACAC